ACAUCGGAGAAGAUACCGGUCGGGUUGAGCUCGGUUGAGCGGAGUUGCCAGCCGAAAUUUCCUUGCCCAUCUGCUUGUUUCCGAGCAGAUGUGAUUUUUAUUUUCCGGAUUACCUUCUUGGAUUUUGGAUUUGCGGAUUUAAUUAAGACACAAUGGACCAACAACAGCAGCAGCAGCAACAACAACAGCAGCAGCAGCAGGCGCAGGCCUCCCUGACCUACCAGGAGUUCAUCCAGCAGAAUGAGGACCGGGACGGGGUGCGUUUCAGCUGGAACCUCUGGCCCUCCAGCCGCCUGGAGGCCACGCGCCUGGUGGUGCCCGUCUCCUGCCUCUUCACGCCCCUGAAGGAGCGGCCCGACCUGCCGCCCGUCCAGUACGAGCCCGUGCUGUGCAGCCGCGCCAACUGCCGCGCCGUGCUCAACCCCCUCUGCCAAGUGGACUUCCGAGCCAAAAUCUGGGCCUGCAACUUCUGUUUCCAGAGAAAUCCAUUCCCUCCAUCUUACGCUGGCAUCUCCGAGGUGAACCAACCGGCUGAACUCAUGCCUCAGUUCUCCACCAUUGAGUACAUAGUGCAGCGCGGUCCCCCGUCCCCCCUCAUCUUCCUGUACGUGGUGGACACCUGCCUGGAGGAGGAGGACCUCCAGGCGCUGCGGGAGUCCCUGCAGAUGUCCCUCAGCCUGCUCCCGCCCAACGCCCUGGUGGGCCUCAUCACCUUCGGCCGCAUGGUGCAGGUGCACGAGCUCAGCUGCGAGGGCAUCGCCAAGAGCUACGUCUUCAGGGGCACCAAGGAGCUCACGCCCAAACAGAUCCAGGAGAUGCUGGGUCUGAUGAAACCGGCCGCCUCUGGCCAGCAGGGACGACCCCUCGCCGCCCCAGACAUGGCUGCCACCUGCAGGUUCCUGCAGCCGGUGCACAAGGUGGACAUGAACCUGACGGACCUGUUGGGGGAGCUGCAGAGGGACCCGUGGCCCGUGGCACAGGGCAAACGCCCACUCCGCUCCACCGGCGUCGCCCUCUCCAUCGCCGUCGGACUGCUGGAGGGUACGUUCCCCAACACCGGUGCCCGUGUCAUGCUGUUCACGGGCGGCCCCCCUACCCAGGGCCCUGGCAUGGUGGUGGGCGACGAGUUGAAGACCCCCAUCCGCUCCUGGCACGACAUCCAGAAGGACAACGCACGGCACCUGAAGAAGGCCACCAAGUACUAUGAGGCUCUGUCCCAUCGUGCCGCUGACAACGGCCACAGCAUGGACAUCUACGCCUGUGCCCUGGACCAAACGGGGCUCUUGGAGAUGAAGUGCUGCUCUAACCUCACUGGAGGUCACAUAGUGAUGGGAGACUCCUUCAACACGUCGCUCUUCAAGCAGACCUUCCAGCGGGUCUUCACCAAAGACUACAACUCAGAGUUCCGCAUGGCCUUUGGAGGAUCCCUCGAAGUCAAGACCACGCGGGAGCUGAAGGUAUCGGGGGCCAUCGGUCCCUGCGUCUCGCUCAACGCCAAGGGACCCGGCGUCUCAGAAAACGAAAUGGGAGUGGGUGGUACGACCCAGUGGAAGGUGUGCAGUCUCAACCCCGCUACUACGCUGGGAAUCUACUUUGAAGUCGUCAACCAGCAUAACGCCCCCAUCCCCCAGGGUGGCCGGGGGGCCGUGCAGUUCAUCACCCAGUAUCAGCACUCCACCAUGCAGAAACGCAUCCGCGUCACCACCGUGGCCAGGAACUGGGCGGAUGCGCAGUCCCAGAUCCAGCACAUCGAGGCGUCCUUCGACCAGGAGGCGUCUGCAGUCCUCAUGGCCCGCCUGGGCGUCUUCCGGGCCGAGACGGAGGAGGGGCCCGACGUCCUGAGGUGGCUGGACCGGCAGCUGAUUCGCCUGUGUCAGAAAUUCGGCCAGUACAACAAGGAUGACCCCAACUCCUUUAGACUCUCACAGUCCCUCUCGCUUUACCCACAGUUCAUGUUCCACCUGAGGCGGUCUCCGUUCCUGCAGGUGUUCAACAACAGCCCUGAUGAGAGCUCCUACUACCGCCACCACUUCAUGAGGCAGGACCUCACCCAGUCCCUCAUUAUGAUCCAGCCCAUCCUCUACUCAUACUCCUUCUACGGACCACCAGAGCCCGUGCUCCUGGACAGCAGCAGUAUCCUGCCCGACCGCAUCCUGCUGAUGGACACCUUCUUCCAGCUGGUCAUCUACCACGGAGAGACCAUCGCGCAGUGGCGCAAGGCGGGCUACCAGGAGAUGGCCGAGUACGAGAACUUCAAGCAGCUGCUGCAGGCGCCGCUGGACGACGCGCAGGAGAUCCUGCAGACGCGCUUCCCCAUGCCGCGCUACGUGGACACGGACCACGGCGGUAGCCAGGCGCGCUUCCUGCUCUCCAAGGUCAACCCCUCGCAGACCCACAACAACCUCUACGCCUGGGGACAGGAGUCUGGAGCUCCCAUCCUCACAGACGACGUCAGUCUCCAAGUCUUCAUGGACCACCUCAAGAAGCUGGCAGUGUCCAGCUCGGCCUAAACUACCAACACCCCACCCCACCCCUACUCACUGUACCCUUACUAGCCUUGGACCAAAUGGAUUGUGUGUGUGUGUGCAUGUGUGCGUGCGUGUGUGUGUAAUUAAUGAAAUAAAUGUGUACUUGUGUAUAAGUAAUGGUGUGUGUGUGCGCAUGUGAGUGAGAUUGCAAAAAAGUGUGAUUGGCCUUCGUUAACGUGGACCCUUCGCAAACAUUCAUUUCUGGGGACAAAUGGAAAAUAAUGUACGAGAAGAAGGAAUUCCUCAGUCCAUCCAUCCACCCAUCCAUUAAUGUUGUUGUUUAUUUUGCCUUUUGUUUUGUUUUUGUUUAUCUUCUUCGUACCCAUUCCUUUCUCCCACUGGCACGCCUGCUGAGUCCCUUGCUGUACCUCAAAUUGAACUCUUAGUGAUUUUUUUUCAUGUUUACUUUUUUUUUUUUUUACGUUUCACAUAACUGGAUAAUUAUGCUAAUUUAAAGUUCAUGUUUUGUGUCCUUGUCCUUUAGUUUGUGUGAUUAAAUGUUUUUUUCUUUUGUCUAAGAUUGAAAUCCUUAACCUAAUAAUGUGCCCCCAAACCAAACAAAAAUGAAGUGUUGUUGUUACAAUGUUCUGAUGAAUGAAGGUCUAUGUAUUAUAGACUAGAAAAUGAAAGAAUUAUAUAUAUUUGAGAGAUAUAAAGACUGAUAUUUCAAUGAAGAACA